AUGCGAAAAAUAAAUGCGCUGCAUAUCCGUUUCUACGCGCAAAAGGCGGGCACUUGUUCGGAACAUGUUUCCGUUGGAUGGCUUGCAUACCCAACCGCCAGUCAGCGCAAGAAGAAGCACCGCAAGGAGAAACUAAAGAUAGGACUGGUAAUUCUUGGCCGGUCAGGACCUCAUCCGACGAAUUUUAUUGUCAGGUUGGACGAUGAGGCUUUAACGACUUUUGUGCGGGCGACGUCGCCGGACUGUCCCCGCCGAGCUGACAAGACCUUGCAUAGAGUUGAUCCAGGCAUUGUAACUAGAUUGCGGCAAAAGGCUGAGAAAUCUUCGGCCAGCGCCGCAAGGGAAGUUCAGGCUUUUUAUGGGCGUCAGCUCAGAGGCGCACCUCGACGGGCGACGCCGACACUGUGUGAUACAUUAGUAACGAAGGCCGUUUCUGGCAGCCUCGCGUUUGCAGGUGAGAACCCGGAUGGACCAGUUUUGGCCUUUGUCGUCGCUGUGAGUGGUUAG